AUGCCGAAGAGAAGAGAUAUUCUUGCCAUCGUGUUGAUCGUGUUACCCUGGACUCUGCUCAUCACUGUUUGGCACCAAAGCGCUAUUGCUCCACUCCUCGCCAUCCGCAAGGAUGACGGUGUUGAGGGCAAGAGGGAGGCAGGUGGCCAGGCGCAGGACUCCAAGGAAUACUGUGCCUCAGAUAAGGACAUUGUGGAGGUGGUGAGGACAGAGUAUGUGUAUACAAGGCCUCCACCCUGGUCCGAUGUGCUGCCUACAAUCCACAUCAUCACCCCCACAUACAGUCGACCCGUGCAGAAGGCAGAGCUGACACGGCUAGCAAACACCUUCCUCCAUGUCCCCAACCUGCACUGGAUCCUGGUGGAGGACUCCCAAAGGAGAACACCUCUUGUCACGCGACUCCUCCGAGAAACAGGGCUAAACUACACCCACCUCAAUGUAGAGACACCCAGGAACUAUAAGCUGAGAGGUGACACUCGGGACCCCAGAAUCCCCAGAGGGACCAUGCAGAGGAAUCUGGCUCUACGUUGGCUGAGGGAGACCUUUAAUGCCAACAGCAGCCAAGCUGGAAUUGUCUACUUUGCUGACGAUGACAAUACAUACAGCCUGGAGCUGUUUGAGGAGAUGAGAUCGACUCGGAAAGUUUCAGUGUGGCCUGUGGCCUUUGUGGGUGGUUUGCGGUACGAGUCCCCGAAGGUCAACGCAGCUGGGAAGGUCUAUGGCUGGAAGACGGUGUUCGACCCCCAUCGGCCCUUUGCCAUCGACAUGGCUGGCUUUGCUAUCAACCUGAGGCUCAUCCUUUUCAAACCGCAGGCGUACUUUAAGCUUCGAGGAGUGAAGGGAGGCUACCAGGAGAGCAGUUUGCUCCGGGAACUUGUCACACUCAACGACCUGGAGCCUAAAGCUGCCAAUUGCACUAAGAUUCUCGUUUGGCACACAAGAACAGAGAAGCCUGUCCUUGUAAAUGAGGGGAAAAAGGGAUUCACAGACCCCAAUGUGGAGAUUUGACCAUCUUUCCUUCAGAACACGGUGGUUGGCCUUGGACCUUCAGAGGGAGAAAACGGUUGAGUUUCUUAAGUGCAACCAGCACUUAUGUCUUAAUCAUCAGAAAAUUGAAAAAGGAAGUGUGGGGCCUUUUGAUAGGGGUUCUUAUCCUCUUGACUGAAUCUGACAUAUUUAAAAUAUGGACCAAAAACAGUACAAAUGUAUUAAAGCACAGAUUAGUAAGAGGUGGCAGUCAGUAGUCAGGUCCAUCACUGAAGUGCAGAGGCUCACUGUGGACAGUCCUGACCUGCACCUCCACUGAACAAUGGCCCGCUGAAGACAACCCCUAAUAAAAGAGACAGCACAAUAUGAAAAGCAUACAGCCAGCGGAUUCAACCAAACAAGCAGGUUAAAAAAAUAUUUCACCUCAUAUAACAUAAAGGAAAUAAAAACACAAAUGAGUCUGGAUCUGCACACGGCACACCAGAGAAAUUCCUCUCGGAUUUAAAGACAUGGCCGACAUCAUCAGCCUGGAUAAAUAUGUGACUCCAAGGACAAAGGUGUCUUAUGUGGAUUUUCCUUUUGAGCAAACACAAACAGCAAGGGAAGGACUUUUUUUUUUUUUUUUGAUAACUAUGAAAUGUUUGCUUUAAUUUAACUGGUUUAGGCCUUUUAAAAACAUUUGACUUGCUAGUUCAAUACUACUGACUCUUACCUACAUCUACUCUUGGGUUGUCAUCGUCCAUUUUAUAGUGUCAUUAAAAGUUGUGUAUUUAAGUCACCCAUACACUUGAAGAGAGGCUGGAGUUUAAAAUGUGACCCUUGUGCUUGGGAGCUAAAACAAAUGUAAAAAAUCAAAAUCUCUUAGCACUUAAAAAAAAUACACAAAUGUAAUUUAAUAUGAGAACAAUCAGAGGACAAACAAAUGCAUUGUAAUUACUGUAUUACAUACAUAAAAAUGAUGAUGAAUGACACAAUGAGGCACAGGUUAACUCUAGGUUCAGCUCAUGGAAAGACUAAUAGCACAUUUGCAACUUAAUUUUGUAAGAGAAAGCCCAGUUUGUGACACAUUUAUAACAUGAGACAAGAACUUCAAAUCAGCUACUUGGCAGAUUCACAAAUACUGACCUAAUCUCCCAUGUUGGUUAAUAUUUCCUCUUGUCUAUGCACACUCAUAUGCACUGUUUACUAAGAGUUGGCUGUGUAUAGUUAGAAAUUUAAAAAGAAAAGAACAUAAAGGAUGAAUCAGCAUCUGGUUUUGUCAGUCCCUCUUCUCUCUACGUAUUGUCUCCAGAAAACAUAAACUUAGCUGCAUUAAGCAUGGCCCCCAAUAUUCAGAUUUUUCUAAAAUCUAUGGCUUCCAUAUAUGAAAUCAGAUUAUACUUGCAACAUUUAAGUGACAGCAGGCUAAGGAAAAGCACAAUUAAAAAUUUUAAAAGUAUUUUUACUGAUAAUUUGGUAGCAAUUACGACAUGCCAUCCUCAGUGCUAAGGUCUCAUUCUUUCUUUUUGUACUCAUAUGCUGUAUACAUUAAGCGAAUCGCAGUGGGGAGUCACUGCACCUCUAAUGAUAGACAUCAGUAGCUAUGGCAUUGUACAUUUUAACAAGGUUAUUUUACACCUCAUAUAAUAGAAUCUCUUCUCUUCUUGAUAAAUCAUCCAUCUUAUGCACAGUGGUUCUUAUCUAACAUUGUCCAGCAGAAGUAUAGCUGGAGAUAAUUCAAACACUGAGCCUCUGUACUGUUGCCAGAUUAUCUCUGAGCACCCCCACCCCACCUAUCCAACACACACACACACACACACACACACUCACAAAAACCCCAAAAUACACUGCUGCACUAUUAAAACUUUACAAAGACGCUAUAUCCUCUCAGGCUCAUCGGCCGAAGAAAGUAUGUUAUUACACAAUUUCAUUUGGAAUAUGAUAAGAUAGAACAUGAGGACAAAAGGCUGUUUCAUAUCUCUCAUCACACUGGCUGUUUUCAAUGACUGCAUGUUAUUACACUUUCACGGGGAUCAGCCAUGCAGAUCAUUAACUAUCCUCCAAUUAUUUAUUCAAAAAUCAAAUUUAAUAUAUUUAUUUAUAUAUUUAUUUCAAGCGUGGAUGUGCAAUUGAAUCAUAGCAGUGUUUUUUGCCCUUAAAUCUCUACUCUCCAGCUGCUCUCUUAAACGGCAUGCGCACAUGCAGGAUAUACUAAACACAUGGUUUACCAUAUAGAUCAAUAAUAGGUACCAACAAGUACUAUAGCACUGCUGAUGGUUGCUCUUGAGUGGUCUUUAAUCAAAAUAAAAGAAUCCACUUCAAAUGUUUUAUCACUGAAGCAAAUAAAGACUUGUAGUCCAAAGUGGAAAAAUGCCAGUGUGUAUAAAAAAACAAACAAAAAAACCCUCUCCUUUAAAAAGCAGUAUUAUUCGUUUUCAACAUGUUUAUCAUUUCCUCUUCGAAGGGCUGUACUACAAAGCGAGAUUAGUGGGUUAGCAGGUAUGUUGACCUUAAAACCAGAU